ACUUAUAAACACAAUAGCGGCGGGAUUCUUUGCAGUAUCGUGUCGUACGACUCCGAGGUGAACCGCUUCCUAAUAGACGUUAAUAUUUAAAAUAUAUCAGUGUAAAAUAAAAUAGUUAUACCUAAACAUGAAUAAGUGGUGCCUGUUUUUAGUACUAGCUAUCCUAAGCAAUGAAGCUCUUGGCUUCAGCUACAGAAAUAAACGUCAAGCAGAAAGUGAUAGUGAAUCAAAUUCGGGGGAUGAAGAUUUAGAAGAUAGAUACGGAUGGAACAGGCCCAAUAGGCCUAACAGACCCAACUGGCAAUGGCAAGGACAGGAACAGUUCCCAAAUCAAUGGCAGUUCCCAAACCAGGGGCAAAAUCAGUUCCCAAACCAGGGGCAGGAUCAGUUUCCAAACCAGGGGCAAAAUCAGUUCCCAAACCAGGGGCAAAAUCAGUUCCCAAACCAGGGACAGGGUCAGUUUCCAAACCAGGGGCAAAAUCAGUUCCCAAACCAGGAGCAGGGUCAGUUCCCAAACCAGGGACAGGGACAACAAUCGGGUCAAGGACAGGGACAAGGUCAACAAAAUUCUACACCAACCCCUAAUGCGGCUACCACCCAGUCGGCAACAGCCCAGGCGUGCAUGACAGGCUGCCCAGUCACGUCCGAAUAUAACCCUGUCUGUGGUUCCAACGGCGUUACGUACGACAACCCUGGACGUCUGACUUGUGCUCAAGCCUGUGGAGUCAAUGUGAAUCUUCUAAGAGCAUCGCGUUGCCCCACCGCGACGGCAGCUCCGGUUAAUUAGAUUAAUUUAUAUUUAAGGUUUUGUAAUUAGACUGAUUAAAAAUGUACAAUUGA